AUGCAGAUCCUGGAGAGUGCAGGCUUAAAGCUCAACGACAAAAAGUGCCGCCUGCACCAAAAGCAGCUGAACUACCUGGGGCACCGCAUCGAUGGAGACGGCAUCCGGCCUGACCCCUCAAAAGUAAUUGCCAUCACAGAGCUACAGCCUCCAGGUGAUGUGCCAGGUCUUCGGAGGUUCCUGGGCAUGGUUCAUUAUCCUGGGAGAUAUCUGCUCAACCUGUCAGAGGUGAUAAAAUCCCUCAACGAUCUGCUGAAAAGUGAUGCUGUGUGGACCUGGGAUGCAGCACAAGUCAUCGCCUUCAACAAGACUGGAGAGACAGUUCACACUGCUUACCUUUCAGAAAAGGACAAGAAGUUGUGA